GGCGUGUCGGUUUGAUUGGCAUCGUGUUCUCUGGUAGUCUGCUGCGGGACCAGGACAGACAGCUGAGGGGGGUCUGAAUGUCCAACCGGGACGGUCGGUGGACUACCGCGAACUCACACGCACGAUUCACAGGUCUUCACAGUUGACUGAUGAGUAGCCAGUAGGACUGGGGUUGGGCUACACCGACUGGCACAGAGGGUCAGCAGUGCCAGACAAGAGGAUUGGAGGACAGAAGACAUAGUUGCAAAACUACUGGUGGUUUACUAGUGGUUAGCCUUAGCAUACUUGUGGCAGCAGGGAGGAAGAAGGAGGGCUUGGCGAUGGUCACAGCUAUGGAGGAUGCCUCUCCCAAUGGGGUACGGGAGGAGGAGGAGGAGGAGGAGGUGACGCCCCUGGGACAGCCUGGCGUGGAGGGGCCCCCGGCCAUGCGGUCCACCCAGGGAGCAGAGACACCUGGAGCCAUGCAGCAGGUGUUGGAUAAUGUGGGUGAGCUGCCCACCUCCACGGGCGCCAAAGACAUCGACCUGCUUUUCCUGCGCGGCAUCAUGGAAAGUCCCAUUGUACGCUCCCUGGCUAAGGCUCACGAGCAGCUGGAGGAAGUCAAGCUGGAGGCGGUGCAGGACAACAAUGUGGAGCUGGUGACAGAGAUCCUGGGCGACAUCAGCAACCUCAAGGUUAGAGACGACAGCGCGGCCGAACUGUCCAAGAUCCUGCAGGAGCCACACUUCCAGUCUCUUUUGGAGGCACAUGACAUGGUGGCCUCAAAGUGCUAUGAAGUCCCGCCCCCGGCUGAAACGGCCAAUGAUGCGGCUGUGAACAGCGCUCUGAUGCAGGCCGAUGCUGUGCGCAUGAUUGGCAUCCGAAAGAAGGCCGGAGAGCCACUGGGCGUGACAUUUCGUGUGGAGAAAGACGACCUGGUCAUUGCAAGAAUCCUGCACGGCGGCAUGAUUGACAGACAGGGCCUGCUCCACGUGGGAGACAUUAUAAAGGAAGUGAACGGGAAGGACGUCGGCAACAACCCCACGGAGCUGCAGGAAAUGCUGAAAGACUGCAGCGGGGGCAUCACGCUGAAAAUACUCCCGAGCUACCGAGACGCUCCUGCACCUCCGCAGGUGUAUGUGAGGCCAUACUUCGACUACAACCCAGCCAAUGAUAACCUGAUCCCCUGUCGAGAGGCGGGGAUGGCCUUCAUGAAAGGAGACAUCCUUCAGAUUGUCAACAGAGAGGAUCCCAACUGGUGGCAGGCGUGUCAUGUGGUGGGCGGGGCUACAGGACUGAUACCCAGUCAGUUCUUGGAGGAGAAGAGGAAAGCUUUCGUCCCUCGAGACUUUGACGGAUCAGGGAUCCUUUGUGGCACCAUAGCUGGCAAAAAGAAGAAGAAGAUGAUGUACCUGACGGCCAAGAAUGCAGAGUUUGACAGACAUGAGCUGCAGAUCUAUGAGGAAGUGGCAAAAGUGCCACCGUUCCAGAGAAAGACACUGGUUCUGAUUGGUGCACAGGGUGUGGGUCGACGCAGCCUGAAAAACCGACUAAUGGUCCUCCAGCCCACACGUUUCGGCACAACAAUCCCAUACACUUCACGGCGACCACGUGACGAUGAGCUGGACGGCAACUCCUACCACUUCACCAGUAGGACAGAGAUGGAGGUCGACGUGAAGGCCGGCCGCUUCCUGGAGCACGGCGAGUAUGAUGGCAACCUGUACGGCACCAAGAUUGAGUCCAUACAUGAGGUGGUGGCCACAGGACGCACCUGCAUCCUGGAUGUCAACCCACAGGCUCUGAAGGUGCUGAAAACAGCAGAGUUCAUGCCCUACGUGGUGUUCAUUGCGGCGCCAGAUUUUGAUACACUCAAGGGCAUGCACAAAGCUGUGGUGGACGCAGGCAUCACAACUAAGCAGCUCACGGAUGUGGACCUGAGGAAGACGGUGGAUGAGAGUGCUCGCAUCCAGAGGGCUUACAGCCACUACUUCGACCUGACCAUCGUCAACGACAACCUGGACAAGGCCUUUGAGACGUUACAGGCCGCUGUGGACAAACUGUGCAGUGAACCCCAGUGGGUCCCAGUGAACUGGGUGUACUGAGGACCAGCAGCCACUCUGGGCGGGUCACACUGACCCACCAGCGUGUGUGUGUGUGUGUGUGUGUUUCUGACAACAAAGGCCAAAGAAGAGGAGAAGAGAGCAAACAUGCUUCUGCAAAAUAACAAAUUAAAAAAAAAAAAAAAAAAAAUACUACUCCUAUUGCUCUUUCUCCUCUUAGGCCUGCACGCCGUGCAACUUUUUUUCUACUCAAAACUCUAAAAGGGAAAGAGUGUUUAUUUAUUUUAUAACUUUUUAUGAAAGAUCUUUCUAUUCAAUGUGGAAUUCCAGUGAGAAUGAAACGAAAAAAAAAAAAUCUGGUCACAUACUUGGGCCAUAUUUUUGCAUUAAUUUAUUGUUGUAGUAGUUACACGUCUUUUUUUGGGUAGUUGUUACUCUUGAUUUCAAGUGUUUUUGUCGUAUUCCUUCAUGGACACCCAGGAUUUAUGAUCCCCAUCCAAGCUCCAAAAUGAAGACAAGGAGAGGCGAAGUAUUAGAAGAUCUUUGAGCAGUCAUUGUCCAAGAAACCUGUCAGCAUCACACAUCAUUGCCAUGUCUGGGCAACCUGUGGAGCCGUUUUAUUUUCACCUCCCUACAACUGAAUCCUUUAGCGUUCUUAUAUAGCUGGCCCUGAACUCUUCUCACAGUGUCGUCCACAGGAUAAAUUGGGUAGAAAUAAAGAGGUUGAAAAGCCUGUUUGUGCACAACUCCUCUCUUAUAUGAAAGAAAAACUACUUUAUGAUGUACUUCUUCAAAGAUCAUACACUGUCCGUGUCUGGUAAUUUUGUCUAAUUUUGUUUUCUUACAGUAGCUUUUCAUCAGUGUGGUGAUUUAUAGUGUAGUGUUUGUCACACAUGAUCCUUUGCUUUGUUUUUAAUGAUCCUGUUACACCUGUCUGUCUGUCUGUCUGUCUAUCUGAUCAUCACAGUGUCACUUACCGUCAUCUUUACCGUCUAUACAUAAACCAGUUUGUUCAAAUUUUAUAUAUGUGGUUAAACCUGCUCUCUCCUACUGGUCCUUACCUUCAGUGUUGCAGUAUGCCAAAGCCUGAAUCAUACUCCAAAUAAAGUUUGACAUUUACUGUUGUUAAACCUGAUUGGCAUUUCAACUACAGGCUGUAACAUGAAUUUAUACUUAUUAUACAAACAUAAUGCAACUUUGGAUGGUAAAUGCAUCAAGCAAAGCCAAAGGGUAAAAUUCUAGUACCACAGCAUGUCUCAUAAUGCUCUGUAAAUCUUUGUUAAGUAAAAUAUUUUUUAAAAAAGACGUCAAGAUCAGGCCAUUUCACUACUUUCCAUUUCAAAUUUGUUCUGAAAAAUGACCUUAUAUGGAUAUUGGCUGUGAUAUAUGUAACAUUUUAAAAUCCUAAGGUCAAUCUGUGCCACGUUUUAGAAAACAGCUCUACUGCCUGUUGAAGUGUUUCGCAUCAACCUCAUGUCUAUGGAUUUGUUUUUACAUUUUUAUCAGCAAAGUUAUGAUGAAUAAAGUUUAUUAAACCUCACAAACUGGUUCUUUUUUUAAA